GGCAAAUUCAGAUGGGGCGAUUUUCGAAACCAAGGCUUCCUUUUCCUAAUAAAACCCUGCGGCUUUCUCUUCUUCCCCGGGACAUACUUUUUGAAAUCCUGGUUCGGCUUGGCGCCAAAUCUCGGGGAAAGCUCUGCUGCGUUUCCAAGUCCUUCCGUUCCAUAAUCACAGCUCCCAGUUUCGUCGAGUUUCACCGGAAUUGGUCCACGGCGGCCUCCCACGGCACAACCAUUCUCUUCUCUGUUCGAUCUCAGUCUGUUGACUCCCUGACCCUGCCGGGCUCUUUCCAGCUCGAAGAAUUUUACACCAUAAAUUACAAAUCUCUUGGACAAAAUCAGCCUGGAAUGGGAAAGCUCCUUGAAGCAAAACGUGUUUCCUGGUCCAGAGAUCUCCAGUACUGGUGUUCUGCACCCGAUCUGAUAUGCCUCUACAAUCGAGACGGAGCGGUGGAGAUUCCCAACCUGUGCACCGGACAACAUACGACCCUCCCGGCAACUCCGACUUGGUCGGAUUUUGAGACCGAGUCUUGUGCGCACGUGGGAUUGGAUGGCUCUUCGGCAUACAAGGUUUUGAAGUCAGAAUCUUGCUUCGGCCUCGACAAGGUCAAGCAUUGGGUGCUCACACUGGGCGUGGAUGCAACAUGGAGGGAGAUCAAAGCCCCUGAUUGCCAUUUCAGGACUAGUGUUUGCAUAAAUGGGGUAACCUAUUUUGAGGAUGUGAUAUUUCGAAAUCGAAGUAGGUGGAAGGAACUAUUCGGUGGCUUCCCCAUUGUGGCAUUCGAUGUUUGGUCUGAGACUUUCCACGGGGUGGCUCGCCCUCUAGGUGAAACCGAAUUUGAUCUCGUCAAGUCCUCGUUCCUCGAAUUGGAUGGCGCGCUUGCUAUCAUUUGUCUCCGUCACAAUAGGCUUAUUACUUGGAGCUUGGACUCGGCAUCCUGCUGGAAGAAGAACGUUUUCCCCGCUCCCUUGGACUCGGCGUCUUUAUUUUACUGCACUAUUAAGACAACUCCAACCGGGGAAAUCCUACUUGUAAUGCCCAACGAGAGGGGGACAUGCUCUCUUUGGGUAUUGUUUGAUAAGUUCACUUGCCCGGUUUGGAAAAAAUUUGGAAUCGAAGGGCUUGGUGGAUUUCCUAACUAUAAUUGUGAGAUGAUCAAAGCUAUCAAACCUAUCAUGGUGCAAAAUGUUGCAGAAAAUCUCUUCCAUCUGGAAUAGGCCAUUUAUGUAAAAGAAAGAAUGAAGAAAGAAAGAAGAGAACCGAGUCUUGUUAGCUAGUUUUCCAAUUUUUAUUUGAAUUUAUUAUCAUGAUUUGAUAUUUUGAUAUAUGUUUCCACAUAUAGAUCAUUCAAAAACGAGGGUCCUGUCUGCCCCGGGAAUAGAGAUGGCAAUUGUGACCGAUUCGAUGGAUAUCCGCACCGAACCGUCCCGAUCAAAAUGGGGAAAACUGCAUUGACCGGGUAAUGGGUACGGGGCGGGGAAUACCCAUUUUGUUUUUACGGGUAACGGGGCGGUUACGGUUUUAUGCAUGCCCGCCCCAUUACCCACCCCGUUUAUAUUUAGUUAUAUUUUUAUUACAUUCUUAUCAUUAUUUGUCCCACAACUAAUAAAAGAUGAGAUUGUUAAUGUUCAUUGUGUAUAUAUGGAUAAUAGAUGUACUAACUACAGUGUAAGAAUGAAAGUUCUCAAUAGAACUUAAUAGCCUUGUUUAAUUACUUUUCAGAUUAAGUAUUUUUAGGUUCAAAUUAAUUUAAGUUCUUCUUUCUCGUCUUAUAGAUAUAUGAAGCUUUAAAGUGGUGUCUGAGUCUAGCAUCGUCUAGGAAGCUUUUCGCCUUUUAAAAUAUUAUUUUUUAUU